UUAAUAAUUGCGCACGCUCAGUUAUCUUUUUGAUCCUCCAUUUUGUUCCGCAUUCAAUUUUAUCUAGGGUGGAUUUGCAAGUUGCAAAUUACUUUUUUGCAAAAUUGCAAUUAUCCCAAUCAAAUCAAAUUUAGUUAGUAUGAAUUUACUUAAACUACAAAGUAUUUAGUGCAAACCCCUACCAAUCUCAGUAAUAAUAUGAUGAUUAUUAUAAGUUUCCUGGCUACAGCUUCUCUGUAGCAUUUCUUGCCGGAUGUAAUUAAAAUAAUUAACAGGAAACACGUCUCAAAAUGGAUCUAGCAGAAACAAUGAAAAACGUCCUGGCCAAAGGACUACAGCAAGCUGAUCUUCCAGGCCCCGGAAUGGGAUUUCCUGGAGCAGGUUACGUUACAGAGAAACUCUAUAUGCUACUGCAGCUCUAUCUACAGAACAAAGGCUGGAAUCCUUCUGUGGAACUGUUGCAGUGCUUUACAGAGCUGAAGGAGUCUUCAAUGUUACCCAGUGCAACUUAUUUACAAAUGAUGACUUCAAGAGUGACUCUCGACUCCCAAGGAAGACUGAUAUUACGCGAAAAUGGUAAAAUAAUCCUACCAUUCGAACAUUUCGCCAACGCUGUAAUGCUGAAACAUAUGAACGGCCACCACGGGCUCCAUUUGGGCGUCGAAGCCACUGUGAGGGCUGUAAUGGAGUCCUACACAAUAGGCCGCGAAAACUUUGGCAUGGAAAAAGACUUCAUAAUAGAAGUGGUGCAAAAUUGCCCCAAUCCUGCUUGCCGCUACUACAAAAAUCAAAUGGAGCUGACUCAGAAAACUUUGCAGCAUUUAGCCCCAGGUUAUUUGGGGGACAGUAGAAGCACUUCAGUAUCAGAAGGCAGUAUUAGGGGACGUUUAGGAGCAGUCGAUCUCAGCGGGCAACAAUUGGAUCCUAAAACCCAAUCAUUGAUGGAAAGGCCUAAAAGUGUAGCUCCUAGCCAACAAGAAAUCACUGCAGCUCUUCUACAGCAACAAAGCCGUGUAAUCGCCCAACAAAAUCUUGAUAAAAUCAACGCCAAUUUGGAAAAGCAACGUCAACAGUUGCACUUGCAACAGCAAAUGGACUUGGCAGCUAAGAGGGAACGUGAGCAACAGAAACAGGAACAACAGCAGCAACAGCAAAGGGAAAGGGAAAGGGAGCAAUUGCAGCAACAGCAGCAAGCGCAAACUCAACAAGCAAAGCCACAUUUUGAUUUGCCAUUGAUGGAUCACAAACUGACUGAUUUUUUGAGGGCUAAUAUUGAUAAUUUGGAAGGACUUGGGGCUUCUAACAAAGAUCUUUUGGCCUUACAUAAUGGGGCUUGGGCUACUUCGAAUAACAGCGAUAAAAGCUUGACUGAGGGCGGUCAGGAAAAAAUUGUGAGGGCUUUUAGCGAAGUUAUGAAGAAUAUGGGGAGAAUGAAGACUUAUGUUAGACCGUCUAUGUGCAAACCUUAUGGGAAACAGUCGGAGGCUUUACAAAAAACUCUCAUGGACACGAUCCAACUGAUCCAAUCGUUGAGGAGCUUCUUGCCACCGCCCCAUAUUCAGGUGAGCUCUUGGAAAAAUGAAGACAAACACCGUUACGAAGAAAAUUGAAUUUGUUCACAAAAAUGCUGACUAAAAUGUAUAGCAAUUUACUUGAGAUCUGGUACUUAUGCUUUGAAACUUUUUCAGUUUCCAGAUUCUUGACUGCAAUAUAGUCACAAUAUUUUAUACUCUGCAAUAAAAUUUAGGUUUAGGGAAUUAAAUUCAAGCCAAGCUUGCCAAUUUUAUAAUUUCACUUGUUGCUUUAUGUUUAUUUAUAGUUCCUCCUUAGAAAUUCAAAAACAAAAAAAGUAUUUUUUAUUUGUGAUAUUAUUAUUUUCUUGUACUUAAAUUAUUUUCUUCUAGGGUAACUAACUAAAAAAAAUAUUGUUGUUUUUUAUGUUUAUGUAGAUUAAGGACUUGUAAUCACCAAUAUUUAUUGGACGCUCUCUUUAGCAAUUUUCUUAUUUAUUAGGUCAACUCAAAAUUAUUGAAAUGUUUCUAGUCGAAAUUGAGAAAUUGUUGCUGUGAUAUUUAGGAACAAAAUUAUUAUUUUUUCGGUUGAUUUUUGGCCUAAGCAGAUCUGAUUUUUAUGGAAAUUUUAGUGCAAUAAUUAUUCUAACUCUUGCCUUUGAAACCAAAAUAGUUUGUAUGCGUAACGAUUUGUAAUAAUUGAUUAUUGGUGUCUACCAGAUGAACUAUGUUUCGAGUGGUUUAGUUUUUAUGGUUUUUACUGGACAGCAAUUUUUUUUGUGCAAUUUUUAUUGAAUCAUUAAAUGAUGAUACUGAA